UUGCUCAAGAUUUGUCAUCUUUACGAAUACACGUGGGGUCAAUUUGUUAUCUUUGAAGUUCCCUUGUUUAAAGCUAUUAUUCUUGGUGCCUGCCGAUUCUAGAUUUGGGGGCAUUAGUUCUUCCGUGAUAAAAUUGGGUUCUUCUGCAUCUUCUUUUUUAGAACUGCGUUUCAGGUUCAUAAUAAUUUGGAAAAUGGAAGGUAUUGCUGUUCGAAGGGUCAUUCCCUCAGACAACAGCUGCCUUUUCAAUGCUGUUGGGUAUGUUAUGGACCAUAACAAGACAAAAGCUCUGGAGUUGAGACAGGUUAUAGCCGCAACGGUGUCAAGUGCUCCAACGAAAUACUCCGAGGCGUUUCUCGGAAAGCCAAAUGCAGAGUAUUGUGCAUGGAUUCUUGAUUCAGACAAGUGGGGAGGUGCCAUUGAGCUUUCAAUAUUAGCAGAUUAUUAUGGCCGUGAAAUUGCAGCGUAUGAUAUUCAGACAACACGUUGCGAUUUGUAUGGUCAGGAAAAGAACUACUCUGAAAGAGUUAUGCUGAUCUAUGACGGUCUCCACUAUGAUGCAUUGGCCAUGUCUCCGUUUGAGGGUGCCCCUGAGGAGUUUGAUCAGACUGUAUUUGCCGUACAGAAUGAUAGAACCAUCGGGCCAGUUGAAGGUCUUGCACUAAAUCUGGUUAAGGAUCAACAAAGGAAGAGGAGCUACACCGACACCGCCAACUUCACUUUGCGUUGCGGUGUAUGCCAAUCGGCGUGGUUGGCCAAAAGGAGGCCGUGGAGCAUGCACAAGCAACAGGCCAUGUGAACUUUCAAGAAUAUAGAUGAUAGAAACCGGAGACACCUCUCUUUUUUAUACCUAUUGUUCGUCGAACUUGUAUCAUUUGGUCGAUAAAUCUUCUCACCAGAUUCUCUGGGAAGAAAACGGAGGUGGUUGUUGUUGCAGUUGUUUUGAGAACUGUUGUAGGAUCAAAGUUGUGCGAGAAUCAUCACAGCAAUGAAAUUAUCGAGUUACAU